UAAAAAAAUCCAACCGACCGCCAACCAACACCUCUCUCGAUCUCUCUCUCUCUCUCUCUGACUUCUCCAACUCUCUUUUCCGACGCGUUUUAGGGUUUGUUUUCCGUCUGUAGAAUUGAAUCCCUUAGGGUUUCCUUGUUCCGUUUUGGAUCUGAAUUUUCACAAAUUUCCCAAUUCGUUUCGGUUUCGAAAUUCUGAUCUUUUUGGGAAAGUUGUCGGCUUUCGAUUUCCUUCCGUUAUUAGGGUUUCGGGUAUUUCUUCACUAUUAAAAACCUUUCGUCCUGCCUUAUUUUCUCCGCCUUUCGUAGAUUCUAGGGUUAGGGUUCAAGAUCCUGUCAUCUUUCUAGUGGAAUUCUAGGGCUUUCUGAUAUUUAUUCGAAAGGAUUUUUCUUUUUUAUCUUCUUUUUCAAAUUCGUUUUGGGAUGCUGAGAUGGUGAGUUCAGAGGGAUUGAGUGCUCCGCUGUCGCCUCUUCAAGCGGCGGUGAGGCAGUACGGAGUGACAAAGCCAAUAUCGACUGCGGGGCCUACCGAAGUCGAUAUUCAGAGGACAUUGGAGUUGGAGAAGUUUUUGGUUGAAGCUGGGCUUUAUGAGAGCAAAGAGGAAGUUGCCAAGAGAGAGGAGGUUCUUCAGCGUAUCGGGCAGAUUGUCAAGGAUUGGGUGAAGCAACUUACUCGCUUGAGAGGAUACACAGAUCAAAUGGUUGAGGAUGCUAAUGCUCUUAUUUUUACAUUUGGCUCCUAUAGACUAGGGGUGCAUGGUCCUGGUGCUGACAUAGACACAUUAUGUGUUGGGCCAUCCUAUAUCAAUCGAGAGGAAGACUUCUUCUUUGUAUUGCACAACAUUCUGGCUAAGAUGGAAGAGGUGACCGAACUGCAACCAGUGCCAGAUGCUCAUGUUCCUGUAAUGAAAUUUAAGUUUGACGGAAUAUCGAUUGACCUCCUUUAUGCUAGUAUUUCUCUCUUGGUUGUACCAGAAGACCUGGACAUUUCUGAUGUAUCUCUGUUGUACGAUAUCGAUGAGCCUACUGUUCGAAGUCUUAAUGGCUGCAGGGUCGCUGAUCAAAUUCUAAAGCUUGUUCCAAAUGUUGAGCAUUUUUGUACAACACUCAGAUGCUUGAAGUUUUGGGCAAAAAGACGUGGUGUUUAUUCCAAUGUUACUGGAUUUCUUGGCGGAGUGAACUGGGCUCUUCUUGUUGCCCGGGUUUGCCAGCUUUAUCCCAAUGCAGUUCCCAGCAUGCUGGUUUCUCGAUUCUUCAGGGUCUAUACGCAGUGGCGUUGGCCAAAUCCUGUCAUGUUGUGUCCCAUUGAAGAGGAUGAACUCGGCUUUUCUGUUUGGGACCCUCGCAGAUAUCCUCGUGACCGGACUCAUCAUAUGCCAAUUAUUACUCCUGCAUACCCUUGUAUGAAUUCUAGCUAUAAUGUUUCACAAAGUACUCUGCGUGUUAUGGUCGAGCAGUUCUGUUACGGAAACAAAAUCUGUGAGGAAGUGGAAUUGAAUAAAGCUCAAUGGUGUGCUUUGUUUGAGCCGUACUUGUUCUUUGAAAGCUACAAAAACUAUCUCCAGGUUGACAUAGUUGCUGCUGAUGUUGAUGACUUGCGUGCUUGGAAAGGCUGGGUGGAAUCUCGGCUGAGGCAACUAACUCUAAUGAUUGAACGAGAUACUUUAGGGAUGUUACAGUGCCAUCCUUAUCCCCAUGAGUAUUUUGAUGCUAAUAAACAAUGUGCACAUAGUGCAUUUUUUAUGGGUUUGCAGAGGAAACAGGGUGAAAAGGUUCAGGGUCAGCAGUUUGAUAUACGAGGGACUGUUGAUGAGUUCAGGCAUUCCAUUAAUAUGUACGUGUUUUGGAAACCAGGGAUGGAAAUUUAUGUUUCUCAUGUUCGUAGAAGGCAACUUCCUCCUUAUGUGUACCCUGAUGGUUGUAAACGACCGCAACCAUCUAGAGUUAUCGCCCAGCAGCAGGCUAAUGAUGGCGAAGUUUGUGGGAGUGGUUCUAGCGAGAGACACCUGAAGAGGAAGGAUCUUGAUGGGGUGGAGGUGAAUCAAGAUACUACACCACAGAAACGGCAAUCUACUAGCCCUCCGCCCCAUGAUUCAGUUUCUCCUGUAAUUAUCAGUCACAACGCAAGCAGUGCAUGUCCAGAGCCUUCGGAUAAAGGUUUUAGCAUGGAAGUAGUAGAGUCAAAUAAAAGAACGCUGUCUGGUGAAAUGGAGCCUGAAUAUGCCUCCAAUUCCAGUACUAUUACACAUGUUUCAAGCAAGGGCAGUUGUGAUGAUGCUGGAUUUGGAUUAGUGGCUGGUAUCUGUGAAGGGAACACUAGGAACGUCGACGGAAGCAGUGUUGGGAGUAACAACCCAGGAUAUUUGCAGGGUGAUGUAUGUGGGGCAGACUCCAAAGGUCUUUCGGAUAAUGGAUGCAUAAAUGGAAACCUACAGCAAAAUGGAUCCCGUGAAGCAUUAGAGAAGGUGAACGCUGCAUUUGGGAUGGUACUCAAUUCCAGCGAGGGAGUAAACUCAGAACAAAUAACAGGGUUGAGGUUUAGCCUAACAUCAACGGCCUGAGCAUGUUGAAUCUUAGUGGAUUUCUCUGAAAUUUGGGGACUCAAAAAAUGAGAGACGACGAAAGCCAGCAGCUCGGGUAAGUGUUCUUUUUAUUGCUGGCUUUCAUUUCGUUUUUUUCCAGGCAUGCUUGUCCAUACAACCUUGCGGAUGAAGCCAGGGGACUCGAACUGGAAGUCAUCUUUAUGUACAAUUUUCAUCUUUAGCAUGUGUGAAUUAUGUUUAUCUGCUUAAGUUUUGAGCUUUGGAUGCUCUUAAGAGUCUUAAGAGAAUUUAUUCAGGUGCUCGCUGAACUUCUGCAGAUAGGCAUUAGGUUUUUACUUUUCGUCGUCUGUGCGGGUGUGGCAAAGGGUUUUUACCCUUCGUCGUCCUAGGUUCUCCAGAUCCAUGAAAAAAACCAAAAAAAAUUGAAAAAAGAAAAAAACAAAACGUUUGUAGUUUCUUCUUUUGGAUCAGUCGUCGUGUUUAUGUUGGCUUGUGUAAUGUGCUCAAUGUGCACUGGUAUUAGGACCUUUUUGUUUCGAGUUUGAGAGGGACCAUUGUUGAGGUUAUGUCUAAUCUUCAACCUUUGUACAUUAUAUGCUAUGUAAUGAAUAUUUAAAAUGACCCCAUCGCCAUC